GUACCGUACGCGUCUGCUGGCGGGUAGGCGCAGGUGGUGGCGGCGUCAUUGCCGCAGGGAGAAGUGACAUCCGGUUUCCUCAGGAAUGUUCUGUACAGGAAGGGAAGGAAGAAGAUACGUCAUUGAGCCCGGAGCCGAGGUCAAGGACCUAGUGCUAGUGAUAUGACAGGGAUGAGUCCGUCAGGCGACACCAGGAUCACCAUCUGUGUUGAGGGUAACCUCGCCAGCGGCAAGACCACACUUCUGGGACACAUCAGGAGCCGCUCUGGUGUCGAAGUCAUUGAAGAGCCGGUGGGCACGUGGAGAAACGUAGCCAAUGCUAAUCUGUAUGCUCUUCUCGUCGAGGACCGGGACCGCUGGGGCUUCAUGUUCCAGAGUUACGCCCAGCUGACCAUGGCUGACAUCCACGCACGACCGUCCUCCGCUGCCGUCAAAGUCAUGGAGCGGUCAAUCUACAGCGGCCGACACGUGUUUGUGGAGAAUCUGUACCGGACGGGAAGGAUGACCGACGUCGAGUACACCGUCCUGGACCAGUGGUACAGUUGGCUAACUACAUGCCUGGACAUCAACCCUCAACUGAUCGUGUACCUGCGAAGCUCACCGGAAGUGGUAUUCGAGCGCAUGCGGCAGCGGUGCCGUGAUGAAGAAAGCACCAUGUCGCUGUCCCAUGUGAGGGACAUCCACGCCCUACACGAGGAGUGGCUGCUGGGGGCCACCCGCCACACACCCUCCUGUCCUGUCCUCGUGCUGGACGCCGACAAGGACACAGCUCAGGUAAGACGGGAAUUGGACAGCAAGAUAGGAACAUAUCUCCACGACUCCGAAUGAAAACGUUCGAGGACGGCCGACGGCAACCUCCAAUGUAGUCAGCAACGAAGUGUCUCUGUGAUAAGCUUAUAACACUCACUGACUCUGUCACUCACACCCCCUCCUUCCGUACGUUUCGACAUAUUGCAUCCUGCGGUCUGACAGCAUCGAAUUAUAUUACAUCCUAGAAUAUCUAGGCG